AUGUACUACAUGACGUUCGUAGAUGACUGCACAAGAAAGGUAUGGGUGUACUUUCUGAAAAGAAAAUUUGAAGCCUUUGAUACUUUCAGGAGAUGGAGAGCACUCGUGGAGAAAGAGACAGGUUUGGAAGUGAAAUAUCUCAGAUCCGACAACGGUGGCGAGUACAACAGUGAAGCCAUCAAGGAAUACUGCACUGAUCAUGGGAUCCGGAUGCAGAAGACGGUCCCAGGGACACCACAACAAAAUGGCAUUGCGGAGAGGAUGAACAGAACACUGAAUGAGCGUGCGAGAUGCAUGCGAUUGAAGAGUGGAAUGCCCAAGAUAAUCAUGAGACCAGCAGAUUCAGUAGGAGCUCAGAUAGAUGAGAUCGAGCGUACAGAAGAAGAGGCAGAACCAGAAUCGGAUGAACCGAUUGCUGAGAGCAGCACGCCUCUGGCACUGGGCCGAGAACCGAGGAUGAGAAGGGCCCCGGAUAGAUGGGUCUAUCGGGUCAAGGAGGAAUCAGAUGGAACAAAGCGAUACAAGGCCAGAAUUGUAGUGAAGGGAUUCCAACAGAGAUACGGUAUUGACUUUACCGAUGUUUUUACACCUGUUGUUAAGUUAACCACUAUUCGUCUAGUGUUAAGCAUGGUAGCGGCGAAAAAUUUUGAGUUGCAAUAG